AUGAAUUACAUGUACUCGGACGGAUACCUGUCUCUUGAGUGCAAGGACGCCAUCGAAGUUCCCACCAGAUCACCCAGAAGACCAAGAGCAAUUCUUAUGGACUUGGGAGAACUUGAACUGAGCUUUUCGUCCUUCAAAGGCUCAUUGCCAGACGCUGAGGACGACGUAUCCUCUGCAGAGUACAAGUUGAGUGGGCCCGACUCACCCAGAGAGUCUAUUUUCUCCAACAGCUCGUCAAUUCUACCCAAGGACGAGGCAGAUACCAUUGACUUGGACGAUCUUUUAGAGGAGAUGACUCUGGAUGAGUUUGUCAAUGCCGAAAUAUGUACCAUCACCGACGUGGUGGCAUACAAGUACACCAGCUACAAGACUCCGGUGCAUCUUAACCUACUAUUCAAUCUUUUUCCAAAGAUCUACCUUUACACACCUCUCUGCUACUCUAACGGCGCAAGAACCUUCAAAAUGGCUGCUUCGCUCGGCCUCAUUAUCUAUGCCGCAGUCAAGCCCAUCUUCAAGAUCUACAUCAUCAUCGGCAUCGGGUUCUAUCUAGCCAGGCGGAAUAUCUUGACUGUCACUACAUGCCGUGACAUCUCCGAUGCAAUUGUCACCAUCAUCAUGCCCUGUUUGAUUUUCGACAAGAUCGUCACUAACAUUGUCAGUUCUGACAUCAAGAACAUCGGCAUCAUCUUUUUUGAGGGCACGCUUCUCUAUGGUGUGGGUAUUCUGUUUGCGUUGGCCAUCUACUACCUUUGUAAGUCUCCGAAAGCAUGGUUUGGCGGUCUUCUAUCGGUGGGCUUGUUUCCUAACAUUUCUGAUCUCCCUAUUGCGUAUUUGCAGACGCUUUCAAAUUCUGGAGGUCUCUUCACAGAAGAAGAAGGUGCAAAAGGUGUGGCUUACGUUUGUAUCUUCCUUGCUUCCCAAGUGUUUUAUCAGUUCAGUAUGGGCCUCUUCAGACUCAUAGAAUACGAUUUCCGUGACCAACUUGUGGAGAACACCGAUACUGAGGCUCAUAGUGCUACUGAGUCCCAUGCUCAACUGGAAUCAAAUCUGGGAACGAAUCUGGGAACGAAUCUGGACAACCAUUUAGAGAAACUGGCUCAUCUGGGAAGUCAGCCACACUCUCAGACAGAUGCUGGAAACGACCAUACCGAUGAAAUUCUUCCAACGGAUGUCCCGGAUAAUGCAUCUGCUCAGCAGUCUCAGAUCACUGCGCUGCUCAGCGAUUCCAUCAGUGUUGAGUCCAAACUGGGUGAGAAUGUAGCCAAGCCGGACCAUGAGCCGGUAUCUGAGGUCCGUCAGCACGAUGAAUUUCUCAUGCUUCAUGGAAUUGACCCCGUCACGUCAAAUCCAAGAUCUUCAGUAUCCAUCUCGUCUCUGUACGGCUCUAGUACAAAUAAUUACGCACGUCGCAGAAACACACUGGCAUCUGCGAACACGAACUACUACUCUUUAAAUCCUGUUACUUCCAGGACGGUGGAUCUUAGACACAUGAAAUCCCAGGAUAUCCAAGACGUCAUCAACGAAUACUCGGAGUUCGACAGAUUGAAGAGUAACGAGGUUAGACAAGCACGUUCAAUCACCAGUGAGGUCACCGUGGAAGAAACUGGCGGAGAAGAGGAGAUUGAAGACAACGAAACGAUGUCCCGCAAGAUCAUGCGCCGAUUCUUGAGCACCAUCAGCAAUUUCAAAACCCCCAACUCGCUAUCAUUAAUCAUCUCCAUCAUCAUCGCUAUGGCUCCACCUCUUAAAGCAUUAUUCGUGAAAACAUCAUUCUACAUGCCCACGGCUCCAGAUAAACAACCUCCACUUUCAUUUGUUAUUGACUUCACGGCAUAUGUGGGUGCUGCGUCGGUGCCUCUAGGAUUACUCUUAUUAGGAGCCACCAUUGCCAGAUUGAAGGUCCAGUCUAUUGUUCCGGGCUUCUGGAAGACAGUGGUUGCAAUCUCCGCAUGCAGAUUGAUUCUCAUGCCCGUUUUUGGUGUGGGGCUCACUACAGGAAUUUACAAGGCUGGGUGGUUUGGCGACGACAAGUUAAUCCGAUUUGUCAGUGUUUUGGAGUAUGGCCUCCCUAAUGCUACUGCUUUAGUGUACUUCACUGCAUUCUACACCGAUCCAACGUCUCCGGACCAUCUACAAAUGGACUGCUUGGCACUCUGCUUAAUCGCGCAGUACUCCAUUUUAUUCAUCACCCUCCCCUUUCUCGUGACCUUUACAUUGAAGGUUUCGCUCGGCUUCUGA